AUGUCUUAAAAUACACAGAUAGAAAGGACUGAGUAGGAUCAGAGCAAAAAGCAAUAAAGAAGGAAAGUUGAGAAUAUUGAAGAGAUUAAAGACUCUGAGAAAACUCAACUCAAUAGAGCAUACACUAUCUGGGCAUUUAUGAAAACCCCAAAGACAGCCAAUGACAAUUAUGACUCUUGUCUUAGACAAGCAUCAUCCUUCUCAACAGUGGAAGAUUUUUGGGCAUAAUACUCUCACUUUAAGAGACCCUCUCUCAUGUCAUUUGGAACAUUCAUAUACAUCUUUGAGGAAGGUAUUAAGCCAAUGUGGGAGGAUGAAAAUUGCAAAGAUGGUGGUAGAUGGAGUUUGAGAGUACCAAAAACUCACACUAACAAGUACUGGGAAGAUAUUACACUCGCUCUAAUUGGGGAGGCAUUCACUCAUGAAGGAGAAAUCUGUGGUAUCGCACUGUCGCUCAAGCCAGUUAAUGACAUCAUCUCAGUCUGGAUUAGACACGGCAAAGACCAAGAGAAGAUUGAUCAAAUAAAGACUGAUAUUGAAAGAAUGGUAAUGUUUGAUGAGAACACAAUGAGACUUGAGUAUGAAAACUUCCAGGAAGUCCUAUCCAGACCACCAGUAGAGAAAAAAGAGACAUUCAAUAGAAAUUACCAUAAGGGAGGAGAUCAGUAAUAAUAAGAGAAUGGAGGCCACAGCGAAGACAAAGGAUUUGAGAGAAGACUUUAAGACAAUGGUGGUGGCUUUCAAAGAGGUAGAGGCAGAGGAAGAGGCGGCAGAGGUGGUCAAAACCAAUGA